AUGCCAGUCAAAGAAAUCAGCUCAAUGCAAGACUUCCACGAGGCCCUAUCCACUGACGGCAACGUAGUGGUUCUCGACAGUUGGGCAAAAUCGUGCAAACCUUGCGAAGUCAUCGAGCCGGUGAUGGAAGACUUUAGCGAGAAGUUCUCCGACGUCCGAUUCUAUAAGAUGAAUGUGGACGCUGUCGAUGACGUUGCGCAGGAGCUUGGCAUCAGCGCCAUCCCGACGAUUCUUCUUUUCAGGGAUGGGCUGAAGAUCACGGAGGUUGUGGGGGCUCAUACGAAGACUAUCGAAAAUGCGAUCCAUGAGGCUCUUUCGUUUGGGAUUCAUGGGGUUGGGGAGACAUAG